CUACAUAUGGUGUUCAAUGAAAUUGAGAAUGCCUACGACAAGGUGGCGAGGGAGAUCAUGUGGAGGUGUCUUGAGUUUAGAGGGGUGUCGAUUGCAUACAUCUACACAAUCUGAGAUAUGUAUGGUGGGCGUACGACAAGGGUGAGGAAAGUUGGGAGAUCUCCCGUUAAACUAAGUAGGACUAAGACUGAAUACAAGAUAUGUUCUUUUAGUGGUGGAGUGACGAAGUUAGAUGGGGAAGUUAGUAUUGAUUCCCACCUAGUGCCCAAGAGAGACAAGUUCUGUUACCUGGGUCCAACCUUCCAGACUGAUGGGAAGAUAAACACGGAUGUUGCUCAUCAUAUUGGAGCUACUUGGGCCAAGUGGGAGUUGGCUUCAGGGGCACUCUAUGACAAGAAGAUUUUGGCAAUAAUAAAAGGAAACUUCUAUAAGUUUGUUGUGAGACCAACUAUAAUGUACAAAGCAAAGUGCUGGGCGGUUAAAAAAAUUCAGAUUCCACGGCUACAUGUUGCGGAAAUGCAGAUGCUACGUUGGAUUUUUGGGCAAACGAGGGGUCUCUUGGAAACAGUCUCUCAACUUUCGAGUAGGGAAUAUUGUGAGCGGCAUGCAAAGAAGGAAAACAUCAGCACUCUAAAAGAAGACAGCGACGAGGAUGAGAUAAGUGAUGAGUAUGUUAGUGGUCACAGCGAUAGUGAUGAUGAAGUUGUUGGACAUGCAGACCCGUGAUGUAUCACUGGACGACUCGCAUUCGGUUUUGGUUAUCGGUGUUAGUUUUUGGCGUCCAAAUCAAUCAAGUGGUUUUUAAUAUUUUAUUAUUGGUUUUUACUUAUGGACAUAUCCAAAUGGUUCUCCAACAAAAACAUGUUAAAAACCACCUUUCGUUUUUGGUCUUUUGGUGAAAACCAUGUGAAACGGCAUAAACUUGGCUAGCCGUGGUUUUUACCUUAAUGAAGUGGUUUUUAAGUU